AUGGACCAUCUAUUUCAUCUCGUCCCGCCAAGUGAAUGGCCUGACAAGAAAGAUAUUCGCGUUUGCCAACAGCCCGGCUGCGGCCGCAGUUUCUCCAUGUUCACAAAAGCCGCCAACUGCAAUGCCUGCGGAAAGGUGAUGUGCCCAAACUGUUUAGAGCGACAAUUGACUUUGCCCGGGCGGCCCGGUUCCGCACCAGUGCCGCUCUGCCACGCAUGUGCAGUGAUGAUUGCGAAGGCACAGGCAGAGGCGGAGAAGGCAUAUCAACAACGCCGUGAUCUGAUGAAGACAUUGGAUGAACAAGAGGAGGAGAUGGAGCGGCUGAUCGUACUCUCCUCAUCACUGCGGUCUGAGAAUGAACGAUUACUACAUCUCACAGAUAAUCUGAAGGCCGAGAAUGAGCAACUGCAGAUGAAAAUUAAAAUUAUGGAAACCGUAAAGGUCACAUCCCCGCAAGGGGGUACAUUGUUAUCAUCAUCCGCAUUAUCAUCUCCAUUGGCCUCAGGAGCUUCUGUACCAUCUUCUGUAGUUUCUCCAAGUAUGAAAAACGAUGAUGCUGUUCAUGCGGAUACUCCUGUAAAUGAGAAUAAUGAAUAUAGUGGGGAUAAUUUAAAAAAGAAAGAAACUCUUUUAGAGAAACAGCUACAAAAAAGAGAAAAUAUUCUUAAUAUGCGAGAAGCAGCACUUCAGGAGGCAAUGAAAAAAGUCUCAGGAGAUGCUGCACGUCUUGCAACUCAGCGAUUUCAAUUACAAGAACAAGAAAAGAAGUUGAAAUCUCAUCUUCUACAUCAGUUUGACACCGUUAUAGAGGAGGAAAUUCAACGAUUACAGGAUGUACACUUGGAUGAACUAUCAACAUUUGGUGAACAGUUCACCGCAUGGUUGGAGAGUGCCACACUUGCGGUAAAGGAAGUAGAGAAAAAUAUUUUCGCAACUGUAAACGAGAGAAAUCUCUCAUCUGAACUAAAUUUAGAGGCGGAGUUGGAGGCUCUCAGGCGUGAACAUGCGGUACAAAUGACAGAAAAAGAAAAUGAACAUAAAGAGCAGUUGGAAAAGCUUGAAAGUUCAUUGGCAAAGACACGUUUAACAUUUCAGGAGGAGGUAAAAAAGAAAGAAAAACGGUUUUCUGAGGAUUAUUCAGUGAUGCAAAAUGUCGUAGAUCUCACUAAGCGACAAUUGGAAGAGGAAAAAGAACAUAGUAAAGAAAUACAACAGGCUUUAGAUAAUCUUAAGAUAACAUUGGAGGAAGAACGAAAACAACAAGAAAUUAUUUGUAAGGAAUUACGUGAAAGACUUGAGGCGAUGGAAUCGGCAAGUAAUGACGUCAUAAUGGAUGAUAACAGUGGUGGUGCUGGUGAAGUUAAUAAUGAUAAUAAUAAUAAUAAUAAUAAUAAUAAUAAUAAUAAUAAUAAUAAUAAUAAUAAUAAUGAUAAUGAUGUCAAUAUAAUGACUAGUAGUGGAGAUAACGAGAAUGAGAAGAACAGUAACAGUGUAGUGAAGACUGAAAUAUCAUCACUUGAUUCUCAGCAUAUUGUACAGGCAGUGUAUGCUGCCCUUUCUCAAUGGAACUGUGUAUCCCAUACGAUAUUAAGUGAACACAGCAUUUCCAUUGAGUACAUACGUCAAUUGGCUAUGUGUACUUUCUGCCAGAGUGCAAAGACUUCAAUAAGUGGGAAAAAUAACGAAUUACAAUCUUCGGAAUACCCCGAUAGUGUUAAGAAACUUCGCCGAGAACUCAGUAGUGUUCAACGUACGGCGAAAGACUUUGAGGAACGGGCGAAUGAACAUGCAUUGGAAGUGGUUAGUCUUAAACGUGAAAUGACAGCAAUGAGAGAGCAAAAGAAUCAAUUAGAGGAGAAACUGUCACGGACGGAAAAGGCACUCUUACUUGCGAGUGGAAUAGAAAAAAGACUUUCUAAACAACUUCAACAACUUAAACAAGAACAAGAACAAGAACAACAGCGAAAAGUACAUGAGAAAGAUAAUAAUAGUGCUGUCGGUGUUUCUGCUCUUGCGUUCGCUACAAAAAUAUUCGCACGGAAUAGUUCAUAUGUAGAUGGAUAUACACGUCUCCUUGGUGAUAGUCUUCUUCAGCACUUUGACGUUGGAUUGCAGGCCCUACGGCAGGAAUGGGAGAAACGCCAUGCGCUGACACAACGUAAUACUGUGGCUAUUGAGCAAACCACUGCAAGUAUUAAAGCCUUUCAGGAUGAUUUAAAUAGACGUGAGGAGGAGUUGCGUGCACGCGAGAGGGAAGUACGUGUUCGUCGUACACGUCUGCUGAAAGUGUCUAAUGCACUUCAGACGGUAGCAGGGCGUCUGCGGGCAGCGUCUCUUACGGAGGAAGUGGAUGCCGCUUGUAAACUUGACUCGGGGUGA